AAUAAGUGAAAGGCUCUCUACCCUACGUCUUUUUCUAUUGGACAAAAAUAACUGUCAAUUUAUUUACCGGUCCCUGAUUGGCUAUAUUUCAGGCCGAUGGGCGUUUUCGUAUUUGUUGUUGUUUUCGUUCAGCAGAAUAAGUAGAGCAGUCGACAUCUUUGAAAGCCAGCACAGACGUUUACGUUUGUAGUGGGGUUUACCCUCAAACAGGUCUUUACAGGCAUUGUUUAGAAAAAAAUCUGUCCAACUGGUUCCAUUGGAGCGCAUUUGGAUUCGUCUUUUUUAAGUGAAAUUCGGUUUUGUGUUUUAAAGAUGAGCAGUCAGUAUCAGCGCACAGUGCCACUUGAGGUGAGGAGAGCGGAAGGAGAGCGAGUCCGGGCCAAGCAUCCUGACAAGAUACCGAUCAUUGUGGAGAGAGCCCCGAGAUCACGAGCUCCUGAACUGGACAAGAAGAAAUACUUAGUGCCCUCAGAUUUAACAGUGGGCCAGUUGUGUUUCCUGAUCCGCCAGCGUGUGUCUUUGAGACCAGAGGAGGCACUGUUCUUCUUUGUCAACAACUCUCUUCCUCCAUCCAGCUUCCCUCUGUCUGCAGUCUAUGAGGAGCACCAUGAAGAGGACCUGUUUCUCUACAUGACCUAUAGCAACGAGAGCGUGUAUGGGGCCUGAAGGAGUGCAAAAGACUCAGAGAGAGAGAAUGAGAGGAGAACAUUCAAUCUGAAAUAAAGAUUUGGUUUGUAAUGCUUGGCGCCACUUUAAUUCUCUGUUUUAGUUUUGAUAUAUGGCUACAGCAGAUGGUGGGGGUAAACCUUUAUACACCCAGACCUUUGACAGUUUAUACCUUUGACAGUAUUUCAAGAUGAGCAUGAUGCGUUUUAGGACAUCAAGUUUUGUUUAUACCUGGUGAUAAAGCAACCCUAAAGUGAAUGCAUUUUUAAAGGAAGCGAUUGAAAAUAGGUCGGAAACUCUCAUUAUCUUUCUCAGUCAUCUGUAUUUAAUGCAAAUAGUAUUUUUUGUUGUUUUGUAAAUUAUCAUAACAUUUUGUGGAAAAAUAAAGAAAAAUGCAACAA